UGUCACAAUGCAAAUCCGAGGUAAACUUGAAAAAGCGACAUCAGAAUGAUUCCAAAAAAGUUUUUUCGAUACGUUAUCAAAGGGAUCUACUAUCACUGUGGCCGAAAUCAGCAUGGUUGUACAAUAGACGAACUGAUUGCUUUUGUUUACCUGAAAAACAAUCGAUUGAAUACAAUUGAGUUUAUCGAAGAAAUGGUGCGACAAGUCACAGCUAGUCUUUGUUCGCAAACCUUACUGAACCAGUCUAGUAAUGGAAGCUUUACCCUGAAUCAACUCCUUUCUAGCGAACCUAGUGCCAAUUCUGAUGCAUCAUCUAGCUGCAUAUCUACAACGCCAUCGUCACCGAUCGUCUCUGACUCAUCCAGAACUCAAUCGCACGAUGCCGACAUCAGCAAGCUAGACAAGGACGAAAACUUCCGUUUGGAUCCAAAUAAGCGAAAGCCAUCCAACGUGGAUAGGUCAUCGACAUCUUCAGGAGAAGGUGAGUCCCCACCGAAGGCGUUACAUAAGCGUAAGGGAAAGUACACAGCACUACCGAAACAUCGGAAGCACAAGUGAAGUAAUAAAUUCUCCAAAAUAUUUUUUGGUUUGUUUUUGAC